GAUGACAGCUCUCAGAGCGGCGCGUUGUUGACAUUCGAGUGAAAACCGCGAUAAAUAAUACGUGUGGUGUCUGAUAGUUAUUUAAAUCCUGAGGAUAAUAAUUUAAAAAAAAACUUGUCAGUAACUAAAUGUGUCAUUUAGUGAACAAUAAAAAAAAUAAUUCAAGUGAUUUUUAAAAAUAUCGGGUAAAACGUGAUGGAGUGUGAGGAGUGAGUAGAAAAUUGGGUGAUAAGAGAAUGAGAAGCUUCGGCAUGAUCCGUUGUUUGGAAAAUGUGUUAGAAACUUUGGGCGGGGAGGCAUGGAAGCUGAAGGCAGCCGGCUGGCUCAUCAGGGGCUCCACCACCAGCUCACUUUACCACCGGGCAUCCCCGGACUUGAUGUCGUAAGAGCCCUGCACCAGACAAUAAUCUCCCUGCGAUCUGCUCUGGACUCAUCGCGGGAGGAAUUGCGUCGACUCCGCGAGAUAGUUGGUGACUUUCGUGGUGAGAGUUACGUUGAGACAGUUGAACGUCUGUCGCUCGAGAACCACGUGCUGCGUCGCAGAAUUCUCGACGGAGUUAAAGCUGAAGCCAUCAAGGAUGUGUCGAUUAGUUCUACGGAAACGGCCGCGAGGUCUAAACUUGAGUUGUCACCAGCUCUAAUUAUCGAAGAUUUGUCAGAAACAUCGCAAACGGCAAUGAGUAACGUCAUGGAUAGUGAGACCGUAAAUACGGAUCGGGCGGAGAGCCAAGAAAAUCUUCAGCUUAAAUCCUCGAUCAAUGAAGAAAAUCUCGAUGAAUCAAACGUCAAAGAGACUUUUAAUGUACAAGUGAUCAGUGAAUCGUCAGAAGCUCCAGAAGAAAUAAGUCCAGAUCAAAAGCCAGACGGUGAAAAAGAAGCCGUCGACGUUACAGAUGCUCCCGCAACGUCAAAAGAAGUUUAUGAGCCAACGGACCUCCUCGACGUUCCCGAUAAAGAUCCCGAGGACAUGAGUAUCCGCAGUGUCUCUGACGGAGAUAAUUCUGUGCUGAGUGACAACCCGGACUGCAGUAACCAGCAGUUAUUGACGCCAGAAGUAAAACAUGAGUCGGAAAACGAGUCCGAGGAACUGGAUGAUAUCGAAUUGAUUUUCACUACUGAUGAGUCCUGUCGCGACGUCGGACUCCAGGAAGACUUGGUGUCCAUUACGGAUGCGGAACACUGGCAGAGUAACAACAAUAAUAAUAAUAAUAACAAUAGCAGUUUGAACAAUAAUAAUAGUAUGGGAGGUCAGCCGAUUUUACUCAAGUACACAAAGUCCGCGGAAGAGGCUGGGGUCUGUAAUGGCGAAAAGACAGUUAGCAGUUCUGUUGAAGAGCCGGUGUCUUCUCAGAGCUCGUCAAUCGACCGUGAAGAAAGCGUCGAUCGCUUUGACGAGAGUUCAAACACGCGCUUAAACAAAAUGUGGUCACAGUGUUCGGUUCUUGUGGAGACGGACAUCAGCAAAUGCGGCGUUGUCGAAGAACCAGAACACUCCGGCAAACAUGCCGCGAGGAGAAAUACUCUUGCCGCUCCACCAACCGCAUACAGGCCCAUAAUCCACCGUGAAGCUUUAGCGGCAGGUCGUAGAAAGAGCUCGACACCAUUACGUCCGGUAAUGGACCGGAGUUGUGGCGCAAGACGUGAAUCCGGUGCACAAACGGACAUUUCAGCGCUUCCUGCCCAAUGGCGAUCUGAGAGUUAUCUUGCUCAUAAAGUUGCCCAUACAUUUACGACUUUACCGAGUAAAUUUGCUCUUCCGACGGGUGUUGCCGGCAGACUGAGACUCUCAGACAAGACACGCGAGGCCAGAAGAGUUAUGCUCUCAGAUAUUAGUUUCACCAGCAUGGUGCCUGAAUUAUCUCGUAGUGCUGAUCAUCUCUGUCACGAUCCACAUUCUCAGAACUGUUUCAAUUCACGUGGAUGUGGAAUACGCACACCUGAGAUCAAUCGCCGUGAGUCACUGGGGUCACCGGCAAGUUAUUGGCCCCGAUGUAAUCCUGGUACAGGAUUACCGAGCCCUUGUGAUUGUCGAUUAUCAACGGAUCUAUACUCAUCUAGAUAUCGUGGCUCCUUGACCUCAAUACCGUCACCUGGUCUUGAGGUUGGAGGACCACCGCGGAGACAUUCCUGGCGGGUUAACGCCGCUUCCUUUGACACUUGGAAAGUACCCACUGCUACUUCAACACCUAGACCCACUUGGUCAUCAAUGCCCUCGUCGCCGACUCACGUACAUCCGCCUUCGGUGUCUAAUAGAAUUAUUAAAAAUCCACCCAAGCGAACCCGCUCCAAAGUAACAUUCCAAGAGUGUCCACUGAUACGAGGAAGUCUGCCAAAUUUACGAUCAGAUUUGAUUGUCAGUGAGAACAGCGGGGACUCAACAGAGUCGCUGAUUGAUGAAGCCGAGGACUACUUGAGACGCAGCAUCGACUCAAUGUUAACAAUAUCCAGCGCUGAUUACUGGAGUCGACAGUCUGCUCGUCGAAGAAGAGCACGAAGGCACUCGGAGCCUGACUUAUUUAGUGAAUGGAAUCCGCCGCAAGAUGCGCGACCUUAUUUACCAAAAGUUCCACGAGAUCUCAAGUUAGAUCACCUUGUAAAAGUAAUAUCGCCUGAAGGCCGAGUACUUCAAGGUAAAGUGAGAUACGUUGGUCCAGUUCCUGGCAGAGAAGAAAUUCAUGUGGGUGUUGAAUUGCCAACUGAGAGCGGCUCCUCAGAUGGCACAUUUCAUGGACGAAGAUUCUUUGAUUGUGAAUCAGAACGUGCUAUCUUUGUACCAUUUAAAAAAGUUGUGCUGGCCUGGUGCACCACCUGACCCGAGUCAACGACCGGUUCGACCGGUACCGCGUUAUUUCCGACGCCCCGAAUUUUGCUCUCUCAGUUCACCAUGUAAAGAUAACAAUCUCGAUCGAUACUCCCAAGGAAUCGUAUCGAUAUGAAUAUUUACUGUGAGUAAAUUCAAACAAACUAACAUAUAUAUAAAUAUAUAAAUAUAUUGAGCAAAGAAUAACGUAAGAUAAUUCGUGAGAAACAUGCGAGGAAGUAUUGGGUUUGAUAACGACGACAAUGACGAACACGACCACGACCACGACCACGACUAUGACAUUGACAUUUAAAAUAACCUCGAGCCGGUGACUGGAAGUAAAUUAACAUAAAACCCUUAUCGAUAAAUAAUCAAAAGUAUUUAUAAAUGCGUAAGAAAAUCAUCAGUGCAUCGGCAAUGGCACGUAAAUUUAACAGAGUUAAAUAAUUUUAAUAAUUAAUAAAUAUAUUAAUUAUUAUUAUUAAUAUAAUGAUAUCUAUCGUAGAUAUUUAUUGUCAUGAGCUUUUUAUUAAUCAUAUCCACGGGUUGUGUAUAAAUUUAUCUGACGGAUACUUGAACGUCUGUUUAUGUAAUAAGCUGUUACAGAGGCUGUAGGUGUACUUGUGUCGAAAUAAGGAAAAGAAAAAUUAAAAAAUAAUGUCUGUUCCGGGGAUUUAACGCACUGUAAACAAUAAUAGUGUCUGUGUAUGAAUAAUCUAUAAUAAUUUACGUGUAAAACAUUAUUAUAAAUCGCGGCACGGGAUGCCGUGGGGUGGGGUCGGUUCAAUAAGUAUCGAUCCUCAUUGUAGAGUAAUUGUCUAUUAGAGUUACAAAGAUUCAGCUCUGAAAAUAAAUAUAAGUUAAGUAUUUAUGGCAAAUUGCCAACGGGGUACCUGGUGUCAAGAUUCGUGUUAUUGUUCGCUUAACUGGAGAUGAUAAAUAUUUGAAUUCUAUUAUUUGAAUAUCCGCUAUUAUUCCCGCGUAAAAAAAUUUUUAUUUCCAAUUAAUUUAGAUUUGAAUUUCAAGGCGAAACUCAGAUGUGACUUUCAUCGGGAAUUUGUAUCAAAAACUGCAAUCACGACAAAAUUGUGUCUCAAAUUUUUAUCCGAUCAUUCGCUAGAUUAAUUUUACAAUCGGAGGUGAUUUACGUAAAAAAUUCUUGAUAGAAGAAGUUUAUUGGUGAUUUCUGAAUCUAUAAAUUUAACAAAAGAUUCAAUUCAGUCAAGUUUUUUAUCGAAGUCAUCUCAAGUCUAAUUCAAAGACGUAAAAAAUUAAUUUCAGAAUUUUCCCUGGUGGAUUUGAAUUACGGUAAAUUACGGUAAUCAGAAGAAUUACCGUAAAAACCGGUAUUUUUACGGCCAACUGUCGUAUUUUUGCUUUAAAUUGCGAUAUUUUACGGUAAAGGUGCCGUUAAUUCGCCGUAAUUAUGUGACAAUCCUCCGAUAUUUGGCUGUACAAGUGCAGUAUUUGACCGUCAAUUUGCGGUAACAUUGCAGUAUUUCACCGUGAACGCGCAAAAUUACGGAAUUGUAUCGUAAAGUGAAGAAGUAUUUCACUGUGUUACGGUAAAAGUGCCAUGAAUUGCAGUAAUUUACCGUAUCAUGCCGUAUUUUAUCGCAAGUUAUCGUAAUUUACCUCAAAUUACAGUAAAAUACGGCAAAUUUACAGUAAAAUACGGUAAUUUACCGUUAUUCGAACCCACUAGGGUGAUACCCCUGGUGGAAAUUUGUCGGAAUUCCCUCUGAAAAACUCAGUUUUUAAUUUCUAAAGAUUUUUUCAAAGUUCUAAAGACUUUUUUAAAGUUAUUCAGAGAAAAGUCAGAAAAAUUUCCAGCAGGGACGGAUUUACUAGACAGAAAGUUGGAGUAAAUUUAUGAUGAAUGAUAUUUGUGUCACAAUCUGAGCUUUGUCAUGAAAUUCAAAUUUAAAUUACUUAUGAAAAAAAUUUUUUUUUACAUGGGAUUAUUUUUUUUUUUUGUUUCUUGUACUAAAUUGUUCGUUCGUUAAAUUGAAACUUGGAACGAUUAUCGUGAGAACAUCGUACCUGGUUCAUAUAGUUAAUUAUUAUUAUUAUUAUUACUAUUAACUAUAAUUAACAUCACAUUUAAAUAUGCCAAUUAAUUAUAGUUUACGCCAUCUCAGUACAACAUGCGUUCAACGCACUACCAUUUUAUAUUUUUUGUUGUUUUAUUUAACUAUUAUUGUGAUCGUGCUUUACACAUCAAUUAAUAAAUUAACAACUAAACUUGUUAAUUAAUUAAUUAUAUUUUAUUAUUAAAACUAACUUAAGACAUUUGAAUCCGCAGUAUUUAAUAAGUCGUUGACUUGCAAAGAUUAAGUAUUUUGAAUUAUCAUUUAAACAAAUUAUUUUAUGAGCUUCAGUCUAAAGUAAGAAUUUAUUUUUUAAAAAAAAGUAUUUGACUUGCCAUUGUGCAAAUUUAUUUUCCAAAGUACUUUUUAUUCAACAAUUUAUUAUUACUAUAUAAAUAUAUACAUAUAUAUUUUAAAUAAAUAAAUUAGAUCUCGUUUAUUUUAAUUUUUAGUUUAAAAAAAAACGCUCGUACUUUAGUGUACUUAUAAAAAGGUGACGUAUUCUGAUAUAUAUAAAAUAUGAGUAAAAUGAAAAGUAAAUUUAUUGGAUUGUGUUGUAGAUUAAUAUUAGAAAGAAAAUAUAUAAAUAAAUAUGAAAACGCACCUGCUUGGAUGGUUGCGAUUUAAAAAAUUACGUCUCAAUGCGAUUGUAGUUAAUAAAAUUCAACAUAACGUAGAUAAAUAAAUAAUAAUAUAUAUCUAUAGAUAUAUAUAUAUAUUGUGUAAUAUAUGAAAGUUUAAAUGUGUAAUUUAUUGAGACUUAACGGGGCCGAAAAAGCAGGCGCGGAUAUAUUGAUAUAGAAAAAAAAUGUUAAUCGAUGUUAAAUUGCUAUAAUUAUUAUGUUAAGUGUUUCGAUGUAACGUAUUGUUAUUUAAAAAAAAGAAAAUAAUAAUUGCGUAAUAGUUAAUAACAUUUUGAGUUUCGAUAACUCUCUGAAUGAGGCUUAAAUUUUUGUUAUGAGUGUGAUUGUAGCAGACGGACAAAUUUAAAAUUAUAUUUAAUAGGCAGUGUUACAAUUCUAUUCACAUCUAGUGCUGCCCAAUUUCAAAACACAGUUUUGAGUAAGUGACAAAUUUUUUGAAAUCGAUUUUUUAAUAUUUUUAGUUCCAGUGGAGUCUUGUGAAGAUUCGAUGCAUAUUUCAAAAAUUUUAUUUUGUCAGUUACUGUGUUUUGAAAAUGGGCAGCCGUCUACUUAAGGGAAGUAGCUACAACUCUACUCAGUUUUUUUUACUCAGGUUUAACUCUACUCAAUUAUAUCUUUACUCAGCUACAAUUCUACUCACGUAUUUUAGCCUAUCGAUAAAAUAACAAUUCUUUGUGAGUAGAGUUGUAGCUGAGUCUAGUUUACGCUGAGUAAAGGUGUAACUGAGUAGAGUUAAAUCUGAGUAAAAAAAACUGAGUAGAAUUGUAGCUACUUCUCUUAAGUUGACGGCUGCCCAUUUCCAAAACACAGUAACUGACAAAAAUAAAAUUUUUGAAAUAUGCAUCGAAUUAAAUUCACAAGACUCCACUGGAACUAAAAGUACUCAAAAAUCGAUUUAGAAAAAUUUUUCACUUACUCAAAACUGUGUUUUGAAAUUGGGCAGCCGUAGAGAUGUGAGUAGAAUUGUAACACUGAAAAUUAAUAGGGGAAAUAAUUAAUAAAAUAAAAUUUGAAAAAUUGCGCAUUUAAAAAAUUAAAAAAUUAAUAAAUGCAUUUUUUAAAAAUAUUUUUUUUUUAAUUAUUUACUCUAUUUAUUUAUAAUUUUGAAUUUGUCUGAUGUCUGCCUUCAUACUCGUAAUGUUUUUCAAAUUUAAAAAUGAGAUUAAAAUAUUUAAUUAAAACAAAUAAAUUUAUAUUUUACUUUCGAUUUAAAUCUCGAAUCGUGAAAGUUUAACGUCACUGGACAUGCUCUCUAAUUCCUACUGACAGAAUUCAUUGGUUUAAAAUAAAGGAAAAAAAGUAAAUUUUAUUUUUCAUAGUCAAUAUUUAAGAUUUUUUCGAUAUUAUGAAAGAUCUCGUGGGUAUUUUAGUGAUCUUUAGUAGUGUAAAUUAACAGCGUAAUGAUUAUUUUAAAUUGUCAUUAAAUAGACAGUCUAAUUAUUAUUUGAAUAGACAAAAAUAAAUAAAGAAUUUAAAAAUAUAAAUUAAUAAUUAUAAAAAAAAGCUUUACUGAAUAAAAUUACUAUAAAAGAUUGAUAUUUAUUAUAUAUGAGGAAUUGGAGUGAUGUAUUGAAAAAUAAAACGUAUAUUAAUGUA